AUGUCAAGUGCUGCGCUGUACAAUGAUCAGACAGGAGUGGAGACGGCGGUGGACGCGGGGCAGGAGAGCACCCCGAGCACCUCCAACAACAGCGGAGCAGCCUUUGGACUUUUCAGCGCUGAUUUUAAGAAGAACGAAGACCUUAAAGAGAUGUUGGAGAGCAACAAGGAGUCGCCUAAAUUGGAGGCCAUGAAGAGGAUUGUCGGGCUGAUCGCCAAGGGGAAAAACGCUUCAGAGUUGUUUCCAGCUGUUGUCAAGAAUGUCGCCAGUAAAAAUAUUGAGUUGAAGAAGCUCGUCUAUGUUUACCUUGUACGAUACGCCGAGGAGCAGCAGGAUCUGGCUCUGCUGUCGAUCAGCACCUUCCAGAGAGCCCUUAAGGAUCCAAACCAAUUCAUCCGAGCCAGCGCGUUAAGAGUUUUGUCCAGCAUCCGUGUUCCCAUAAUUGUUCCUAUUAUGAUGUUGGCGAUCAAAGAAGCGGCCAGCGACCUUUCCCCUUACGUCAGGAAAACCUCAGCCCAUGCCAUCCAGAAACUUUUCAGCCUUGACCCGGACCAGAAAGAGCAGCUGAUCGAAGUCAUUGAAAAACUAUUGAAAGACAAAAGCACUCUGGUGGCGGGUAGCGUGGUCAUGGCGUUUGAAGAAGUGUGUCCAGACCGCAUCGAUCUCAUUCAUAAAAACUACAGAAAGCUGUGUAACCUGCUGGUGGACGUGGAGGAGUGGGGGCAGGUGGUCAUCAUCUCCAUGCUGACCAGAUACGCCAGGACACAGUUUACAAGUCCCUGGAAGGGGGACGCUUUGGAUGAAAAUAGCGAGAAGGCCUUUUAUGAGUCCGAUGCAGAAAGAAACCAGGCCGAGACCAACACGUACAUUAUGGACCCCGAUCACAGGCUGCUGCUGAGGAACACCAAACCUUUACUGCAGAGCCGAAACACUGCUGUUGUGAUGUCCGUGGGCCAACUCUACUGGCAUUUGGCCCCGAAACAUGAGGUCAGCUUGGUUACAAAGUCUCUGGUUCGACUUUUGAGGAGUCACAGAGAAGUGCAGUUUAUUGUGCUACAGAACAUCGCAACAAUGUCAAUACAGAGAAAAGGAAUGUUUGAACCGUAUAUGAAAAGUUUCUAUGUGAGGUCCACCGAUCCAACACAUAUUAAAACUCUAAAGCUUGAAAUUUUGACCAACUUAGCCAAUGAGGCCAACAUCUCAACCAUUUUGAGGGAGUUUCAGACCUACGUGAAGAGCCAGGACAAGGCUUUCGCUGCCGCCACAAUCCAGGCCAUUGGCAGAUGUGCCACCAACAUUUCGGAGGUGGCGGACACUUGUCUGAAUGGUCUUGUGCUGCUGCUUUCUAAUAGAGAUGAGACUGUCGUAGCUGAGAGUGUGGUGGUGAUUAAGAAGUUGCUGCAGACUCAGCCGUCUGAGCACAGUGAGAUCAUCAAGCACAUGGCCAAGCUCUUUGACAACAUCACGGUUCCCAUGGCCCGGGCGAGCAUUCUCUGGCUGAUGGGCGAGUACUGUGAGAAGGUACCAAAGAUCGCUCCUGACGUCCUUCGCAAAAUGGCAAAGUCUUUCACCGCGGAAGAAGAUAUCGUCAAGCUGCAAAUAGUGAAUCUUGCAGCUAAACUCUACCUUACAAACUCCAAGCAGACAAAGUUGCUGACCCAGUAUAUACUUAACCUGGGCAAAUACGACCAAAACUACGACAUUAGAGACCGGACGCGCUUCAUCAGACAGCUGAUUGUUCCCAGUGAAAAGAGCAGUGCCUUGAAUAAGUAUGCCCGUCGAAUCCUGCUCGCCGCUAAACCAGCCCCGGUCCUGGAAUCCGCCUUUAAAGAUCGGGAAAGAUUCCAGCUCGGUACUCUGUCCCACAGUCUCAACACUAAAGCCGCUGGAUACCAGGAGCUCAGCGACUGGCCCUCGGUGGCUCCUGACACAGCUGUGAGAAACGUCGAGAUCAUUGAACCAGUGAAUGAGAUCGUACCCAAAGCUGGAAAAUCAAAGCACCUCAAGUCGGAUAAGUUUUACUCCGAUGAGGAAGAGGAGAAAGAAGAACGGUCUGACAGCAGCAGCAGUGAAGACGGCAGCAGCAGCAGCAGCAGCAGCAGUGAAGAAUCUGAGGACGAAAGUCAAGAAGAAAGCAGCAAACAUUCCAGCGCGUCGGAAAACACGUCGAGCGAAAGUGAACAAAACUCCAGCGACUCAGAGUCCGACUCAAAACAGAAGAAGACUAAGAAAACACAGAAGAAGAAGAAAGCAAAGACGGCUGCUGCCCAAAGUGAUUCCGAUGAAAAUGGAAAUGGAGUCGAGGCCAGCAGCUCUUCAAUGGAAAGUUCUUCAGCUUCAGAGACAGAUUCAGACUCGGACACAGAUGAAGACAUGAAACCAGCACAGAAUAACAUUAGAGAGAAAUCCAAGUUACAGGUAAAGCCCAAGAAAGAAGUUUCCUUAUUGGACCUCGAUGACUUCUCACAGACUUCCACAAACGCACCAAAGCCUUCAGUGGUCUCCCACAGCCUCCUGUCGGACCUGGAGGGCCUGUCUCUCUCAAACAUCUCCUCUGCUAUGCAGGUGACGACAUCAACAUUCAGCCAAGUGAAAGACUACGAUCUCCUCCACCACAUGUCGGGGAAGGGUCUGGCAGCGAAGUAUCAUUUCCCACGACAGCCCUGUCUCUACCAGCCUUGCAUGGUGACGGUGCAGCUGGUUCUGUCCAACACCUCGGACCACAGUCUGGAGGAAAUCCACAUCGGAGAACGCAGUCCCGCAAGUCUCAACAUUCACUGCUUCAACACGAUCGAGCGACUGGAGCCUGGGGCCUCGGUGACAGUUUCCAUGGGUAUUGACUUCAGUGACUCUACGCAAGCGGCCAACUUCCAGCUGUGCACAAAGACAGACCAGUUCAACGUGUCCAUCCAGCCCGCCGUGGGGGAGCUCCUGAUGCCCAGUACCAUGACGGAGGAAGAUUUCUGCAAGGAACAAAGCAAACUUCUUGGAAUGAACGAGACAUCAGCAACGAUCACGGUGCCAACUGCAAACAUCUCGAGGCUCGCCAUCAACAAGGAGAUCCUGUCUGUGGCCAAUGUCGGAGCCGUGCCGUCCAAUCAGAGCGACGUGCACAGAUUUGCGGGGAAGGCCGUGAGCAGCGGAUCUCUGGUGCUGGUUUCUCUGUCGCUGCAACAGUCGCCCACAGCGCUCCUCACCGUCAACACCGAGAAGAGCGUCAUGGCGUCCAUGUUGCUGCGAGUUCUCACACAAGCUCUCACCGCCGCAUAG